CUCCUUUUUCCACUGUGGUCUGUGCAUCUGAGUCAGAGAGAGCCUACAACGGGGUUCUUUGAAUCGAUGGCUCACUCCCAGCCGCACUUGACUGACUGCCAACUUAGCAGGGCGUAGCUUACCAACAAUUUUUUUUUUUUUUUAAAGCCAGACUGAUUCAUAGAAACUCCUUUAAAACAGGGAAAAGAAACCGCCCAUCACACACCCCAGCACACCAGCGCAGGAAACUUAUAACCUCGGGAGGCGGUCCCUCCCGUCAGUGCGGUCACAUACCUCCAGGAGAGCCGACCGGACAGGGUUGCAGCCAGCACCGGCCACCAGCAGCCACUCGGACCCUCCAGAUCUCUCUUUGUUCACGAGUUACCAAAAAAGCCAAGAUGUUGGUGUUGUUGGCUGGCAUCUUUGUGGUCCACAUCGCCACUGUUAUUAUGCUGUUUGUUUCCACCAUCGCCAACGUCUGGAUGGUUUCAGAUGGCGUAGAUGCAUCUGUAGGUCUCUGGAAAUACUGUGUCUCGGGCAGCUGUAACGGCACCCUGCCAUACGGCAAUGAGGAUGCCCUCAAGACAGUGCAGGCCUUCAUGAUUCUGUCCAUCAUCUUCUCCGUCAUCGCCCUCCUGGUCUUCGUGUUCCAGCUCUUCACCAUGGAGAAGGGAAACCGGUUCCUUCUCUCGGGAGCCACCAUGCUGGUGUGCUGGCUAUGCAUUAUGAUCGGGGCAUCUGUCUACACUCACCAUUACGCAAACACCACUUCAAACUACUUCCCGUCGACUUCGCACCACGGCUAUUGCUUCAUCCUGACCUGGAUCUGCUUCUGCUUCAGCUUUAUCAUCGGCAUUCUCUACCUGGUCCUGAGAAAGAAAUAGGGCUGAACACGUUCACGGGGAUCUGGGGGCGGGGGGAGGAGGACUGUUGAACCUGGGAGGGAAGCGGAAGAUGCUAUAGGGAAAAACCAAGAUGGGGGAGGGGACGGGGAGGGGGGAGGAAGUGGGAAGAGGCCAAAACCCAAACCAUUACUGAGGAGAUUCUCCACUGCCAAGCCCCUGCCCUGGGCGGAAGUCGUUGGCUAGUACUUUGGUGCUCCCUGGUGCGGGCCGAGAGCCUCCCU